CGGCGCGGGCUGUUGGUCCCCGCGCGCAGGAGGCGCGGGCGGCCCACGGUCCAUGGAGCCUGGUGACGCGGCGCGCCUCGGCCCGGGACGGGCGGCUUGGGCGCUGCCACCGCGGCUGCUGCUGCUGCCCCUGCUCCCGCUGCUGCUGGGUCGGGGGCUGCGCGCCGCGGCCUCGGCCUCCUCUGGGGCGGCGGCUGAGGACAGCAGCGCCAUGGAGGAGCUCGCCACGGAGAAGGAGGCGGAGGAGAGCCACCGGCAAGACAGCGUGAGCCUGCUCACCUUCAUCCUGCUGCUCACGCUCACCAUCCUCACCAUCUGGCUCUUCAAGCACCGCCGGGUGCGCUUUCUGCACGAGACGGGGCUGGCCAUGAUCUACGGGCUCAUCGUUGGGGUGAUCUUGAGGUACGGCACCCCUGUAACGUUUGAUCCGGAGGUCUUUUUCAACAUCCUUCUGCCUCCCAUAAUUUUCCAUGCUGGCUACAGUCUAAAGAAGAGACACUUUUUCAGAAAUCUUGGGUCUAUUCUGGCUUAUGCUUUCUUGGGGACUGCCGUUUCCUGCUUCAUUAUCGGAAAUCUCAUGUACGGUGUGGUGAAGCUCAUGAAGCUCGUGGGGCAGCUCUCGGACAAAUUCUACUACACAGACUGUCUCUUCUUUGGAGCCAUUAUCUCUGCUACCGACCCAGUGACUGUACUGGCAAUAUUUAAUGAAUUGCACGCAGACGUGGACCUUUACGCACUUCUCUUCGGGGAAAGCGUCCUAAAUGAUGCUGUUGCCAUUGUCCUGUCCUCGUCUAUUGUUGCCUACCAGCCAGCGGGGCUGAACACGCAUGCCUUUGACGCUGCUGCCUUUUUUAAAUCAGUGGGCAUUUUUCUAGGCAUAUUUAGUGGCUCUUUCACCAUGGGAGCCGUGACGGGCGUUGUGACUGCUCUAGUGACCAAGUUUACCAAGCUGCACUGCUUCCCGCUCCUGGAGACGGCACUCUUCUUCUUGAUGUCCUGGAGCACCUUCCUUUUGGCGGAAGCCUGUGGCUUCACAGGUGGGUUUUCACUACCCUACUCCGGAUCCACUUUGUCUGAAACCCUAGACCAUGCACAAACAGAAAGCNNUUCCCAUCCCGUGCAGCUCUUUGAGGUGUUACACUUCCUGGCAGAGAAUUUCAUCUUCUCCUACAUGGGCCUGGCGCUGUUUACCUUCCAGAAGCACGUUUUCAGCCCUGUGUUCAUCAUUGGAGCUUUUGUCGCCAUCUUCCUGGGCAGAGCUGCGCACAUCUACCCGCUCUCCUUCUUCCUCAACUUGGGCAGAAGGCACAAGAUUGGCUGGAACUUUCAACACAUGAUGAUGUUUUCAGGCCUCAGGGGGGCCAUGGCAUUUGCACUGGCCAUCCGAGACACAGCAUCCUAUGCCCGCCAGAUGAUGUUCACGACCACGCUCCUCAUUGUCUUCUUCACCGUUUGGGUCAUUGGUGGAGGCACGACGCCCAUGUUGUCGUGGCUUAACAUAAGAGUUGGUGUUGACCCAGAUCAAGACCCACCACCCAACAACGACAGAAACCGGACAAAGCAGGAGAGUGCAUGGCUCUUCAGGCUGUGGUAUAGCUUUGACCACAAUUAUCUGAAGCCCAUCCUCACACACAGCGGUCCCCCACUGACCACCACGCUCCCAGCCUGGUGUGGCCUGCUUGCUCGGUGUCUGACCAGUCCCCAGGUGUACGACAACCAAGAGCCGCUGAGAGAGGAAGACUCAGAUUUCAUCCUGACCGAGGGUGACCUCACCUUGACGUAUGGGGACAGCACAGUGACUGCAAAUGGCUCCUCGGGCUCCCACACGGCCUCCACGAGCCUCGAGGGCAGUCGGAGAACCAAGAGCAGCUCGGAGGAGGUACUGGAUCGAGCUCUGGGAAUAGGAGACCAGCCGGUGUCCAGUCGGGGCACGCGCCUAGUGUUCCCCCUGGAGGAUAAUGCGUGACUGCCCCCCCACCCCCAGCCUGCAGCGAUGGGGCAGCCCACCCGUGAGGUGAGGUUGGCUGCAAGCCCAGGCUUGUCUGAGCCAGGGCACUGACUCAGUGGAACUAAUGCUUCUGUUUUAUUGAGGUCUGAGGCUCUCUUAACAUUUAAAAUUUAACCCAAGAUGCAGACAGUGGGGCUUAAGUGUGUCUACAUCAAGACAAAUGCAGACCCAUUCCCACUUUCUCACAUAGUAGUGUGCUGUUCCGAGUCAAACAAAUAGCAUGCUUUAACGGUCCAACUCAUUCACCUGCGGAAUCCAAGCCAAGCGCGGCAGGUGUGGGGAGGCCUCCCAGGAGAGGCUUCGGGUCCGUACGCAGCAGCUCAAGCUGAGCUGGCUGCAGGAGUAGCCAGGCAGGGUGAGAGCAGGCUGGAAGAACGGUCCCGAAGGAAGGCCGCUGAGACCGGACCUCCAAAGGUCAUGGGAAGCCAGUGGUCAAUGGGACAGAGCUCAGGAGGAAGCAGUCGGUGCGGCAGCCCUAGCGCGGACGGCUGCGGGACUGUGAACUCAUGUCAGGCUUCUGGACUUUUUGUGCUACCUGGGUUUCCUGUAGACCGAAGAUUGGAACUCUAUCCGUGAACAUUUCAACAUGGGGAAAGAAUUGGAAUUCCUUCUCUGGAAAUCUCCAGAAAGAAGUAGCUACUGAAAUGUUGAAAACCAAAGGCAAAAUUGUGUCGUACUGUUGGGUUUUUGGAAUUAAUCCGAGGACAGAAGAAACUGUUUAGAGACUGAUGAACGAAAAUCAGUCACUUCUUCAGGGCCACCACCGAGGUGUCUACUGUGGGGUUUAGGAAUAACACCAAAAUGUGUGGGAUGCUUCUCUCUGGGGACGAGAGAGCAGCAAGAAGCCUAGGAGGCAAUAGGCUAGUCUUCAGAGUUGGGGCAGGGGGAACACACUGCGAGAAAAGUUGACCAUAAAAGACAAGAUGCUGUUCUAAAGACAGAGUAGAAGUCCAAACUUUGAGCUACUAAAUGCAUGGGAUGUCAGUGGCUGGGUAAAGAAUGAGAGAGGCAAGUCAAUGGAAAAUUGAGCAUCAUUCAGUCCGGUGGACACUUAGUCUGCUUUAAGGUUAAGAAUCUAGAUGUCUUAACACCGAGUGCCAUGUAGAGAAGGGUCGUCUUCUUGGUAUCUGGGGAGGCUUGUACCAGCUUAAUGUGUGAGUAUGGUUUGAAAUCUAAGUGUUUAGUUUGGGUUCUUUGUGGGUGAGCUAUUCUAUGUGGUAACUAAAAUACUGAAAGAGCUCUUGGAAACCACAUUUGAGAUUUUCCCUGGGUCUCUAUGCUUCAGUGCUGGUCUCUUAGAAAGAAAAUCCAGUCUCUUAAAAAAAAUGCUUUCAUAAAAUGUGGCCAUUUUUCUUAUUGUGGCAGACAAAAUGGCGGCCCAGUCAAGUACACCCAUAAUGAAACCAGCCAUUUAAUCAUCUUAACUCACAUUUUUAAUGGUUAAUAUUUAGAUAAGACAUUAAUGCUUUGCUUUUUGAAUUGAUAAUUUGUGCAAAACAGGCAAAAAAUUACUAAGUUGAGCCAUACGAAAUUGCCGAUAUUGACCCAUUUUUCAAAGUCAGAAGUGGCAGUUUCAUAUGGUUCGAUAUAAUAGAAUUAAAUGAUUUUUAUUCCCCUCCUUCCUUUCUAUGUACCUUACAGUCCAUUUUGGUUUUCUCAUGGGCCUCCAUGGGCUUUGUAAGCUUAAAAAACGAGCUAAACCACCUAACUAAUCCCGUAAGGCUCCAAAGUACCCACGCUAGUGAAGGAUUUGAGAAAACCUCUGUGUCAGAGCCAGAGAAACAGGUUUUUUCCAGAGCCCCUGGAGGUCAUCUGUGUUGUGGGGUCAGAGUGUAGGGAGCAGCUCCCAGGCUUGGCUUGUGUGCCCAAACCCAGCACAGGUUUUAUUCAGUAGUUAUCUCAGUAACUACCAGUCAUGCCUAUAAACUCGGAAGGUGAGGAGGCUUUCCUGUGUGUGUGUUGUCUGUGGAGGUGGAGGGAGAGGCUGGUCCGCUCUUUGGAUGGGUCUUUAUAAAGUCUUGCUUGCCUCUUAACGUUGCUUACUUAUUUCAUUUUGGAGGGAAGAAGCUACCAGAAAAACCCUGAUAAGGUUCUUGAAAAGAGCCAACCAGGUAGAACCCCUUCUCUGUUCAUUCAAGUCAAGGCUUUGUUGUCAUUCUGGUUUUCCAGGAAGCUUUCAGCAAAUCAAUAAGAAAUUGCCCUCAUAAGGAGGGAAGGUAACCAGAGUUCUCCAGCCUAGUUCUAAGUCAAUCCGUAGAUUGUUGUGUUUCCCCCAAAAAAGGUCUUAUAGUCUUGACUGCAAACGUUUUAUUUGGACCUACUAUAAGUAAAUGGAGAUUUGCCAAGAUCAAAAUUUUGCUAGGGUUGUAGUUAUUUGGUUGGAUUUUUUAUUCAGUGGAUUAGAGUAAGUCAAUGACCUGUGGCCCUAAUUUUUGUUUGCAAGAUGUGGAGAAUAAUCCUGACCUUAUCAGGGGUCCCGGGAAAGGAGCCUGUUCAUCAAAAUGCUUCCACCUUCUACAAGCUUUAUGCUUAUGCCGAGAGGAGAAAAGUGGGUGCCACAAAGCCCCAAAACCAUCUAGCUCAAGACCGACUCUCUGCUGCCAGUCUGGCAUAAAUCAGAUUGAAACUGCUGAGUGCAUCUGGUUUAACCUCUUAUAAACAUAUUUGUUCUGGGUUGGGGGGGGGGGGUGACAAUUCCACAGAGCUGGGUGUCCUAGAGCACAGGUUCUCAACCCUGGCUGCACAUGCGGAAUUAUCUGGCUAGUUUUUUUUUU